AUGAAUUGGCUGAAACGGACUUAUGAUUCGAUAAAUAGCGAAGACAUCGAAGAAAGCAGGGCAGAGGAGAUUAGAGAUUUUCUUACCGCGAAGAGUGAAGACGCUGCAGCUGCCAACCGGCAUUCUGCUCUUCCCCUGACUGAUCAACCUGAGACACUAAAAGGCGAUGAAUAUCCAAUCCAGCUUCAUCAUCCCAGUCCGAAGCCUACGGAGCUCCCUAAAAUCCCAUUGCUCCUCGACUCACUCGACAAACCCUACAUGACCCCCUCUCCGCUCCCCAGACCUCCUCCCGAUCGGGAUACCGAUGUAUCCUCUCAGAACACGGGCGCCGGUUUGAUGAUGCCACGCCAUACGGACCAUUUCUCUCCAUGUGACCCAGAAACCAGUGACGCGGGAGACAUAUCGACCCUGAAGAAGCACUUAGAUGACAUAUUUGGCCCUUUCGUUAACGCUUUGAAGCCAUUUGAAGACAUACCAGGAGAAGACUGGGUCAGGGCCGCGAUAUGGUGGGCGCUUAAGGGAAAGGAACAAGUGGAGACGGGCUCAGUGCCUUUAGUUAACAGAGAUGCAGUAGGACCGUCAAAGUCUAUUCAGGCUGCCGUCAAUUUCGCGAAAGCAUGGUGGAUUUGUUGCUGUAUUAUACCUGAGCUAGCCUGUGGCGACUCGCUAGAUGAUAAAGGCCUUACCAUUGCACUUCUGGACCAAUACAGAUGUGUCCAGCAAUACCUUCGAAGCUUUGAACAAACUAUCUCCAUUUUACGGGAGACAAAACGUGACCAAAUAACUGCGAUCGAUGUUGACAGAAGCCUUUGGAUAAUGUACCCAUCCUGCAGUCAGAAGGAACGCGAGAUCCCUUGUCCAGAUCAGUGGCCUCAGCCGGUUGAUAAUAUUCCUCCUUUAGCUUUCGGCGAUACCAAAACAUUAUUCUUAUACGGAAGCGAGUUUGUUAAUCUGACAUUUCUCACUGAGGAAUGCGAUGUUCCAUCACAUUCCUUCGAAUGCGUGCUCUCAUUUAUUCGUCUUCAAUCGAGCUGGGAGGUAGUAGCUGUUUUCGCCAGCCAAACAGAAACUGUUUACAUUGAAGUCCAUUCGAGUCGGAAAAGGGGCAUAUCAUGGCAUGGUGUCUACUGGGAUGCAGCUCGUUCGGUAUUACAGAUCAUGAUCAGACCGCAGCACAUGGCUCAGGUGCAGCUCACCGAACAGAGCUUCAAGAUGGUAUGGCAGAUUGCGCAGGAGAUCAUGCACACCGAGACUCUCCUCGUUGCGGGUGACCUCGAUACCCUCGUAUUCGAGGAUACCGUAGGGUUCUGUCAUUACAUAAGUCACGAUAGGCCCAGCAACUUCCCCUCAGGGCCUGUGGAACAAUGCAAAGUCCGACUAUUUGAGAAGUUUGAAAUGGUCAAGAAAGGAACAAUAGAGCGCAGGGUGCACAGUGGAUUUCGUCUCUUCGUUGCUACCCCACCGCAAGCUAAGACGAUCAGCAGGGCUUCUCACUACUUCCUUAACAGCACCCCGCUGCUGUAUGGUAUUUAUGAAGACGCUAAUGGAUUUCCGGGCCUGCUACUCCAGCUCCGAGAGGGAUCCCAUAGAAUUUCUAUCUCAUUUACCUUCCACGAUCAUAGCGCGCGCGGCCUCUUGCAUACGCUGCUGUUGAGUGCUAUUCCUCGAGACCAUGAAACUAAGUCGGAGAAGUUUACUAUACGUUCCUUUGCCCUAUCAGAGCCUCCUGAUCGAGAUUCCGAUAUGCAAAAUACCCGACACCUCGAGGUCGGGGAAAGCAUGGCAUGUGUGAUCGAGGAAACGGACGGAACUGACCGAAGCCCGUAUGGCAAAACUGUUUGGUCGGAGACAUUGAGGGUCAUUAUAGAGACUAGUUGGGGGUCUAUUACAGACCGAAUUAAUCUACCACCCUCUCAUCUUAGGAUCGGUCUUUGCGUCCUCGAUGACAAAGUGUUGAAUAUCCUGCGAUCUCCGCAAAGUGACCUGACAGUUUGCGUUAGACAAGACACCAACAGCGACAAGUUAAUGGAGGGGUUGACGAAAGUGAUAAAUGCGAUACAGACAAAAUUCACUCUACGCCGAAUAGAAUUCAACUCUAUAGAAGAUCUCCAUGCUUUCCAACAAGUAAUAACAGGCUACAAAGUGCGCUUUGACCGCGUAGCAAAGAGAUUCAUCAUCAACCGCCCGCGAAAGUUAUUUUCCAUCCGCAACCGUUGGGAAGCCAACUUUACGCGGGUACAGCUUGUGCAGCAAAAAGGCAAGUUCCAGUUGAUUGCAUUCUUCUACCAGUCGCCACAUGGUAUCUGCAUGAACUUCGAGGUUCGAUCCACAGAUGCCGUUCAGCCAAUCGAUAAAAAUGAUCUAUGGGGUAUUGUCAUUAAGGAUGCCAAGUUUGCUCUACCGGAAAUUAAGCCGCACCUGCCGGGAUUCGUGUCUAGAUGA